UAUGUAUGUGUUCUUGUAUUUUCAAGGAAAUCUCAUAAGUUUAACUUUUUAAUUUUUAUUUUCCAUUGUUACUGUGUUUCUUUAAUUAAUCUAGUAUGAGUGUCAAAGAUAAGGUUAACAUCCAAGUUGAAUAUGUAGUUCCCACUUAGAGUGUAUGAAGAAGAUGGGCACCGGUUCGUGUCCCUGCUGCUCCUCUUCCGAUUUAGCACUCUGCUUAUGGCCUGGGAAAGCAGAACUCAAGACAUACAUGAUGAGAGAUGGAAUGAAGAACAAACGAGUAAUUUUCAAAACGAGGCAACCAUGUGUGUAAGUCGCGAUCUAGGAGGUUUUGCAGAGGUAGACACGAUUUUAAUGGAAACUGAAGAGGAGCAGCUGGGACUUGAACCAGCACCCAUAUAGGAUGCCAGCUCCACAGGUGGUGGCCUUCCCAGCUACACUGCAGUGGCAACCCGCUCCCUAUCCCUUUCAAAACCACCUCAACAGUACACUAACUUUUCUUUGUGUUAUAACUAACAUGCUCCUCUUCUGUUUUGUUUUGUUUGUUUUUUAACAGGCAGAGUUAGAGAGAGAGAGAGACAGAGAGAAAGGUCUUCAUUCCAUUAGUUCACCCUCCAAAUGGCCGCCAGUGCCAGCGCACCACGCCAAUCCGAAGCCAGGAGCCAGGUGCUUCCCCUGGUCUCCCAUGGGGUACAGGGCCCAAGGACUUGGGCCAUCCUCCACUGCCUUCCCGGGCCACAGCAGGGAGCUGGACCGGAAGAGGGCAACCAGGACAGAAUCUGGCGCCCCAACCGGGACUAGAACCCGUGGGGCCGGCGCCACAGGUGGAGGAUUAGCCUAGUGAGCCACAGCGCCGGCCUAGAACAUUCUUUUGCUUUCAGCGGCAGUACUCUGCAAGAACACCUCUUUGCUGCCUCAUCUCAUCUAACAUUUUAUCAUGAGUUUUUGAGCAUAAAGCUUCACCUUCUCAGGAUUCUCCUGUUAUUCAAGAAAGUGCCAUCAAGGACAAGAAGGGCAUGGAAGCUGAAUGGCUAAGUGCCCAGUCCCAGACACUGGUGACCUUCAAGGAUGUGCUUGUGGACUUCACCAAGGAGGAGUGGAAGCUGCUGGACACGGUUCAGCAGAUGAUAUACAAGGAUGUGAUGUUGGAAAACUAUAAGAACCUGCUUUCCUUGGGGCAUCCACUUCCUAAGCCAGACGUGAUCCUUCGGUUGGAGAAAGGGGAAGAGCCCUGGCUGGUGGAGAGAGGGUUUCGUUGCAAGGCUCAUUCAGAUUCUGAGACUGAAGUUGAAAUUAAAUCAUCAGUUUCCAGUAGGAACAUUUCUAAAGAUGAACAAUGCUGUGACAUUAAGAUGGAAGGAACAUCGGGGAAUGAUCUCUGGUAUUUAUCAUUAGAAGAAGUCUGGAAGUGUGAAGACCAGGUGGACAGAUAUCAGCAAAACCAAGAGAGACAUUUGAGGCAGGUAGCAUUCACCCAGAAGAAAUUACUUUCUCAGGAAAGAGUGUGUGAAAGUGGUAAAUAUGGAGGAAGUUGUCUUCUUCCUGCUCAGCUAGUACUGAGGGAGUAUUUCCAUAGACGUGACUCAAAUCCUAAAAGUUUAAAACGUGAUUUAGUUUGUAGUGAUCAUCAGGAAAGCCCUGCAGGUCACAGUGAUGAAUGUGGUCAAAUCUUCUGUCAAAACAUUCAUCUUAUGCAGUUUGCAAGAACUCACACAGGAGAGAAAGCUUACGAAUGUGCUAAGGAUAAUUCUCUGAACCACGGUACAUCUCUUGGUGUAACGAAGGUCAUACAUAGAGAGAAACCCUAUGAAUGUAAGCAAUGUGGGAAAUGCUUCAGCUGGCGCUCUAAUCUUACCAGGCACCAGCUUAUUCAUACUGGAGAGAAACCCUAUGAAUGUAAAGAAUGUGGGAAGUCUUUCAGCCGCAGCUCUCACCUCAUUGGACAUCAAAAGACUCAUACUGGUGAGGAACCUUAUGAAUGUAAAGAAUGUGGAAAAUCCUUUAGCUGGUUGUCUCACCUUGUUACCCACCAGAGAACUCACACCGGAGACAAACUGUACACCUGUAACCAGUGUGGGAAAUCUUUUGUUCAUAGCUCUAGGCUUAUUAGGCACCAGAGAACUCAUACUGGAGAGAAACCCUAUGAAUGUCCUGAAUGUGGCAAAUCUUUCAGACAGAGCACACAUCUCCUUCUGCAUCAGAGAACUCACGUGAGAGUGAGGCCCUAUGAAUGUAAUGAAUGCGGGAAGUCGUACAGCCAGAGAUCUCACCUUGUUGUGCAUCACAGAAUUCACACUGGGCUAAAACCUUUUGAGUGUAAAGAUUGUGGGAAAUGCUUUAGUCGAAGCUCUCACCUUUUCUCUCACCAGAGGAUCCACACUGGAGAGAAACCAUAUGAAUGCCACGAUUGUGGGAAAUCCUUCAGCCAGAGUUCUGCCCUUAUUGUACAUCAAAGAAUUCAUACUGGAGAAAAACCAUAUGAAUGUUGUCAGUGUGGGAAAGCCUUCAUCCGGAAGAAUGACCUCAUUAAGCAUCAGAGAAUUCAUGUUGGAGAAGAGACCUAUAAAUGUAACCAGUGUGGCAUUAUCUUCAGCCAGAAUUCUCCAUUUAUAGUACAUCAAAUAUCUCAUACUGGAGAGCGGUUCUUAACAUGUAAUCAGUGUGGAACAGCACUUGUUAACAGCUCUAACCUUAUUAGAUACCGGAGAAAUCAUAUUAGAGAAAAUACCAAUAUCAUGAAUAUAGAAGACUCAUAAGGAGCGAUCACUUCAUUCUGUGGUGCUCAUCAUCUGAAGUGAGGCUGUACAAAGGGGGUCCAUGUGGAAGUGCUUUGAAACUUGUCACUACCCUGUUGCACACUAGAGAGUUGGUCUUGGAGAGGGGAACUAUACAAAUAUUUCAGUACAAAAAUAUAUCAGAUUUUCUUCUUUCCACAAAUUCCUACUAAAGUAAUUGGGAUGGGAAUGUUCUUGACCAAACUUGAAGUUCUACAGCCUGAGAAGGAACCAGUAAGUAGGUGAACUGUUGAAAUACAACACACUGCAUUAUCUUAUUCAAUAAGGCAAAUGAAAAAAUAUGCUACUGAAGAGGGAGUGUUGCUGAGAAUUAAUAAAUUAAUGACUGUUACUGCACUAAGAAAAGGAAAAGUAGUAAUCCAGUGAAUUAGUAUGACAUUGGUUACUGGAUUGUGCCUCUCUUCCUGGGAUACUUAGUGCUUAGUAUGUUUUAGGUGUCUUGUAUAAACUACAUUUUGAUUAGAAGCAUGGGAAAUGCUUACAAAAUAACUUAAACAUUUUGGGGAGUGGACAUUUGGCAUAGCAGUUAAGACUCCAAUUGGGCUACCCACAUCCUGUAUCAAAGUGCCUGGCUCUUCUCCCAGUUCCAGCUUCGUAUUGUGCACACCCUGAGAAGCUAGGGCUGAUGGUUCAAGUAGCUGGGUCCCUGCCAUUCGUGUGGGAGAUCUGGAUUGAGUUCCUGACUCCAGAGGAUUGAACCAACACAUGGAAUCUCUUCCCACCUCUCAAAUAUAUGUGCAUGUGAGCGAGAAUUCAAAGUAUAGAGAAAUGAACGGAAUUGAUGAGAUUACAAAUUUCCUGGGCUAGUGUUGAUGUGAUGAUUUUAAGACAUUUUCAAAUACUCAAAAGGUUAUCUAGUAUUGUCUAUGCUAUUAAGGACUCUUGAGGACCAGCUGCUGGCAGACUUUCCUUUUCUAAGUUGUCUGGGGUCACAGAGUUCCAGUCUGAGACCUGGUGUGAAAGGAUCUUGAAGCAUAGAGGGGUAUUCGGCAUGUGGAUGGAUCAGGGAGAGUCUCAGUUUGAAUGGGAUUUGGUGCUUGAGAGUCUCUGCCAAAGACAUCCUUUCUCUCAAGGAAUUCUUAUAUUUAUGAAGGAAACAUGGUCUGAGAGCAUAGACCUGAGUUGAAAUACUCAGGUUUCAAUCCCACCUCUGUACCCAACUAGAUGCUGGGCAUGCUGCUUAGUUUACCUGUGCCUCACUGAAACUUCCCAUAAAUUAGACAAUAAUUAUACUUACUCAUAUGAUUGUGGUGGGAGUAAUAAAUGACUAGAGCUCAGAUUAGUACCUGAUACAUAGAAUGACAUUAUAAUUAGUAGCUGCACUGGUGGAUAUUGCCCCAGCCCAGUGUCUGUCAUUUCAUUUAAACUUGCUUGCAUACUUUUGUGUACUUUUUUUGUGCUUUCUCGCUUCCAAUCGUACAUGGUUUUCCCUUUUGCCUAAAUCAUAAUUUGGGAAAAUCAUUGACAAAUAGUGAUGUCUGAUUUCAUUUUUGAGGAACAGUAAACAACUUUGAAUACUGUCUGUAAAACUGACCUGUUUGUAUGAGGUUUUUCCAUUCUAGGUAGAGGAUCCUGAUCUUCAGGAAGAGGAUCUGUUGUAACUUUAUUUCAGUGAAUGAAUCUCCUGUGUAGGGACUGAGCAUGAUUUGCCAUUUUUCUAGCAUAUGUACUGUAUGUUCAGUAAAUGUUGAAUGAUAAAUGAAUAGUGUUACUGCUUCCUGGAAAGAAAUCUUGAUAGAUCACCCAGGAAAAAUUUAGAAAUGGUGGCUGGGAUCAUGAGCUAUAAGGUUGUGAUGAGGCCCUCUAACUCAUACUCUCAAUAAAGAUGGUAUCUUGAAAAAUG